GCUCUCUAUAUAACCAUUGGGAUAAGUUAUUGUUUUUGCAUUCACAAUUGAGGUAUUAAUUUCACAUUGUUUUGUUUAUCUCAAUGUUUCUAACGAAGCAGGGAAAAAAUAUCAGAAACUCAUGGAGGAGGAAAAUCUUGAUUUGAUAAGCAGAUUACCAUUUGAAAUCCAACAAAAAAUUAUUUCAUUUGUCCCACUUAAAAGGGCAGUAAGAAGGAGUGCUCUUUCAGCUCGUUGGAAGAGCCCUUGGUCUCCAGUUGAAGCAAGUUUGAAUUUUGAUGCAAACCCAGCAAACCUUAAAGGAAACCCAGCCAAACAUGAAGAGAAAUACCAAGUUAUGGGAACUUUCAUGAAGUCUUUUGUUUUCCCAGAGCAAUGGAAGCUUUAUCUCAUUGUUGUUGGAAGCAGUGAAGAACCACAGAUAAUUGUUGCCAAAGUCACCAAGGGGGUUGGCAGAGAGCUUCAUCUCGAGUUCUUCGAAUCAAUGAAAAUAAAAAAAAAUUUGAAGGGUUUCUGCCUUCGCAAAAAUCCUGCAAAAACAGAUGGUUUUUGUGGUGUGAAGCAUCUCCAUCUCAGAUCAGUUACUGGCCUCACAGGAACUUUCGUGUCAGAUUUGUUCUCCAGUUGCCAUGUUCUUGAGAGCUUGAAGCUUGAAAAGUGCAUGGGAUUGCAUAGCCUUGAUGUAGAAACAAAUAGCCUCAAGAGCUUGGUGGUGGAAGAUUGGUCAGACAUGGUUUCUAUUACAAUUUUUGCACAAAAUCUCAAGUCCUUUUGGUACUAUGGUGUCUUCCUCGGAUUGUUAGGUUAAAGAAUGCAAUGAGCUUGGUUGAUGUGGUGCUUGAUUUGAGAGAUGGACCAGGCUGUAGUCAGUUUGAACGUGACCAAUUUCUAUACAAUAUCUUAAUUUCUUUCAAGGAUGUUGAGGCUCUCACUGUAAGUGGCUGGAUUCUUGAGUGGUUGUGUUCAGGUGGAGUGAUUUUUGGAUAUCUUGAUUUCCAAUUCAACAAGCUAAAGUCAUUAACGUGGGUAGACUUUUUGAUCAACAAGGAAAAAAGAGACUCCCUUGCUUGCUUCCUAAAUGCAUGUCCUUUGUUAGAGAACUUGUUGGUUGAGAUUGACAGCAACCUCAGCAGCAUCCCCUGCCCAGAUUUCCACCAUUACCUCUGGGAGGAGUCCUCUUGUAUCAGGUCCAACACUUCAAAGCUCAGACACCUCAAGAGCGUUGAUUUUUUGGGCUUUACUGGCAAAGAAGAUGAACUACCACUGAUGGAUCUUGUACCUGAGAAGGCCAUUACGCUAAAUUCAUUCACUUCAACAUCCCCAGAAAAUUGAAAUAAUCUUUCUAUCCCGCAUCGGACCGCUAAUUCUAACGAUCCCCACUUGCUACUUUAACCUUGGAGUCCCACAUCGGAGAUCUAUGUCAACUUUCGAUGGAAACUGUCUUUUACCAUUGUACCUUUUUAACUUUAAUCCAGAAAAAUUUGUUGCCAAAAUGUGUACGGGAUACAUGGGAAAAUCUUAAAAAUAUAUAUGUAUAUAUACUUAAAUUUUAACCAAGACGAAAUUGUUAGAACAAUGCGUACAGGUACAUUGGAAAAGAGUUUAAUUUCUGACGAUAAAAUAGAUGGACUUGGGAACUGGAAUGAAAAGAGAAG